UUCUAUAUUCUUCCCCAGCCCGAACAGUUACCUCUUUUCAUCUAUUAUCUUGUCCUCUCUCCAAACGACCUUCUCUCCGGCGAUUUUGAGAGGAACUCAAGGAUUUUCAAGUCUUGCUACGAUUAUCUCCUGGAUUCAAGGCGGGAAUCUCCGGAAAUCUCUCUUUCUUAAAAAUCCCCGGAGGAUUUGAGCUCUAAGGUGCUCUUGCAAUGGCCGGAGACCGUUUUGAGAAGGGUCGCACUUUUGAGAGGAAGAAGAAACAAAGAAGUGAUCCCCUCUCUCAAAAAUCAAGUGCUCCUGCCCAAUCAGAAGAUAGUGGAAGCGGCCAUGCCAGUGGUGAAAGAGUUCGCAAAAUAGCCGCAAGUGGUGGUAUUCACAUCGAGGAAGGCAUAGCUGCUGAAAGUAGUGACAGGGACCUUGUGACCCUCUGCCGAACCAAAUCUCAUGCUAUGCGAGGCAGAGAGUCUGCAAGGGGAAAGGGGCAAGCCAGAGUAACUGCAGGAAGAGGUCGAGGAACGAUGCCUUCUACUGAAGAAAGAGGCAAAGGUGCUGCACAAGAUAGCUCAUCUGAAUCCGAGGAUAAUGAAGAAGAUCAAGCUGAUGAAGUCAUUGGUCCCCUAAAGCUUCACAGACCUCGGAGGACAGCUUCUGUUGUUGAUGCUCCAAAAAGGACAGUAAACUACAUGAAGAAUGUAUCAAGGGUUGUUAGUGAAAGGUUAAACAACCCAUAUGAUUUUGAGAAGAAUGUUGCCGAUUAUCGUUUCUGGAAUGACUUUCAGGCAGACUUUUAUGAAACGGUAAUUUUGGCCAAGAAGAAGCCUAUUACUCCCAUGCAAUGGAUUGAUUGGGAUUAUAUGGCCAGGAAGAACAACCCAGUGUUCAACGAAGUGAUUGCAGCCUGUGAGAGCAAAAGGGUGAAAGAUGUUAUGGCUUUCAGAUAUGAUUGGUGCGAGGAGGUUAUUGCCCAAUUCUAUGCCACAGUGUGGUUUGAGGGAUGUGAAAAUCCCAUUAUGCACUGGAUGACAGAGGGAGUCAGAUACAGGAUCAGUUUCAAAGGCUUCGCUCACUACUUCCAUCUAGAUGUCAGAGAUACCUCCAGGGAUCAGAUUCACAAUGAAAAUCAACUGACACUGGAAGAAAUUGGGUUCAUGUAUCUAAAUCAUGGACGAGUUGAGUUUGGGAAACUCACAGGGAUGAGGCCUUUCUAUCGUUGCUUGAAUUCCCUAUUCCGGCUCACCUUGGCACCCAAGAGUGGGGAUGCAACUACAGUUCAAAGUAUCUCCAGAAAUCUCCUUGCAGCCAUGUCAAAUGAUCAUGCUCCGUUCAGUGUGGCUUACUUUCUAUGGGAGGAAAUUGUUUUUACAUCCAAGUCACCUAUAAAAAGUUGUGGAUAUGCCCCUUAUCUCAUGUUUAUCAUUGAAAGGAUAUCCAAAAAGACUUUUGUCAAGGAGAUCAAGCAUGAACCAUACAGAAUGAGGCCGUUGAACAUUCAAGCUCCAUCUCCUUCUCCAUCUCCUCCUCAUGCUCCUCCUAGCUCAAGACCGUUUGCCUCGAGACGUGCUCCUCCUCGAGGGUCUUCCUUCAUCAAGAGUGCUCUCAAAGCAAUUUUCAAGAUUUGCACUCACAAUGCCACUGAAAUCAAGAAUCAAGGUGCUCGCUUAAAGAAAAUGGAGGAUCGUCAGAAACAAAUGUACACAUCCAUGAAUCUCCAACCCCCUUGCUCUCCUAUUGAGUCAGAUGAAGCGGAGAGUGCACCGUUUGAGGUUGAGAACCCUUGGGCAUGGUAUGAUGAAGCUCAAGCAGCAGCCGAAAGCUCUCAACAACAAGCUCAAGACGAUUCCUCUGACGGCAGCGAAGGAAGAGAAGACGUGGAAGACGAUGAUGAGGAAGAUGGUAGCAGCGAGUAGGCUCCUUCUCUCUCUUUUUGGUGCUUGAUGCCAAAGGGGGAGAGAUAGUUAUCCUUUAUCUUAGUUUCCUUAGUUCUUUUUUUUAAAAAAAUCUCUUUCGCUGUUGGACAAUUGGAGUUUGGCUUGUGAUGAACCCUUGUACUAUUUAAUUUCAUAAGACCUUUAUGUUAGUAUGAUGAUUGUUGCUCUUACAUUAGUUUUGUGUGCUCUAUGUCUUUUCAUAAUCUUUUGCUUCCCACUGAUUCUAGGAUAUAGGGGGAGCUCUUGUGUUCCACUUCCUAAAAUAAAUGCAUUGUUGCUUAACUUUGCUUAGAACAAUGCAUACAUUUAGGGGGAGCUUACCAUAUCUUCUAGAAUUUAAAACAUUUUCUUGUAUCCUUAUGUAUCCUUUAAUCGGGUUGUCAUCAAUCACCAAAAAGGGGGAGAUUGAAAGUGCAUCUAGGCCCCCUAAGUGGGUUUUGGCUUAUUAAUGACAAAACGAUUAAAGAACUAACGUGCUUUGUAAGUAUUGAACAGGCAUGAGCAUUAGUUGUGAAGGCAAGUGACGUUUGUCGCCCGUCGAAACAAUUGAAGAUUCAUCGAAGGCUAUUAAAUAGGUCUUAAAUUCUUUUCACUUUUGAAUUUGAGUCUAGGAUAGAUUUUUUCCUAGAGGGAUGUUUUUAUUUUGCUUGAUUAGUGUCUCAAUGCUCAAGAGAACCUUUAGAAUCACCUAAUUGAGAGACACAUUCACUCACGGACACGAAACUCUUUCUGAAAAUUCUCUGAGUCCGGAGUCUCCGGUGAUCACCGGAUACUCCGGUACUCAGCGCAAGACCGGAGUCUCCGUGCUAGUCUCCGGCAGAGAGUCUCGGCUUCUGGUCCUUCUUUAACAGAAAAGACCGGAGUCUCCGGUGUUUACCGGAUACUCCGGUAAAAUGUUUCGGUAGCAAUCGGAGUCUCCGAGGUAGACUCCGGCAGAGGCUCUCGGUUAGCUUUUAAUCUUUUUAAUAAAAAAAAGGACCGGAGUCUCCGGUGUUCACCGGAUACUCCGGUAAUAUGUUUUGGUGGCAGUCGGAGUCUCCGAGGUAGACUCCGGCAGAGGCUCUCGGUUAGCCUUUAAUCUUUUUGUUUUUAUUUGAAAAGACCGGAGUCUCCGGUGUUCACCGGAUACUCCGGUACCUGAAGUUGCCGGAGAGUCCGGCUUGUCUCCGGACUUAAUCUUUUUGGAAAAUCUGUCAGGACCGGAGACUCCGGUGUUCACCGGAGACUCCGGCAAUUAAACAGAACUGUAACGGCUAGUUCUGACACGUUCGGUGACCGUUCUGACGCCGUUUUGGAUUUAGGACCGGAGACUCCGGUGUACACCGGAUACUCCGGUAAGCUCUGACAAAAACAGUAACGGCUAGUCUGUGAGAGAGUGCUAUAAAUGCCCCCUCUCUCCAUAGCAUUGAGUUUUUGCUGUGACUGGUUUCCUUGAGAUCUCUUGAGCACUUUAAGAGCAUUCAAAGCCUCUCCAAUCAUCUCUAGAGCCAAAUUUGCAAAAAUUUGAGAGUGUGGUUUUGGAGAGAGUUCAAGCCACUUGAGCAUUUAGUUCUUCAUUGAGCAUUUACUGCGAUCAUCUCCUUUGAAGCUUUGGGUUUCUAGAAGGAAAGGAGUCGCCCGAAGAGCACCCAAAACUUGUGGUGUGCCUCGGGAAGUUUGUAAGCAUCUUCAUAUUGAGUAAGAAUUUCUAGCUUGAUCUUUGUGGUCGCUAGAAGAGGAUAGGGUUGGAGAAGACCCGGCUCUUUGUGAGCUCCUCAACGGAGACGUAGGCACUUCUUUGUGAGGUGGCCGAACUCCGGGAUAUAUUCUCGUGUUCUUACUUGUGAAACUUACUUGAUCGCGUGCAUUUGGUAAUUUGUCAUUUAAAUUGCUAUAGUAUCAAUCUUGCUAGUUUUAAUUGUUAUUCUAGCUUGGUAAUAUCUACUUGACCUAGUGCAACUCUUAGAAUCUAGCUGUGGCCUUUAGUUCAAAUUUAUUCUGAAAUUUCCUGUCAGGCCGGAGUCUCCGGACUAGACCGGAUACUCCGGACCAUACCGGAGUAUCCGGACUUCACCGGAGUAUCCGGCAGUUUAAUCCGCUGUUUUUAGUUUUAAAUUUCAGAAAAGCCUAUUCACCCCCCCUCUAGGCACU